AUGCACUCUCUACGCUCCAUUAAAAUUGCUUACUGGAAUUGUCGCGGAGCCCUGGGUAAAAAGGGUGACAUUGAAAAGUUAGCUGAAACUGUUGAUAUUCUAUUCCUUGCCGAAACAUGCGUGGGUCCUCUUUGCAACUUUCGCGUUCUGGGCUUUGACUGCCUACGUGUUGAUGCCAAUCGGGCGGACGUUAGGGGAAUGUUGAUCCUGAUUCGCAAUCCUAUCUUGUACUCUCCGGUCGAUCUAUCAGGUAUUUUCAACAACUCCUUUGAGGCUCUAGGCAUUGAGCUUUCUCUUAACAGUUCACGCCUGCUUUUGAUAGGCACGUAUAGACACCCUAGCGCUCCUGCUCCCGCUAAUUCUCUUUCUGCUCUUUCUUCACUCCUUGACAAGCAAGAACUCUUCAUUCUCCUUGGAGAUUUUAACGCACAUCACCCUAUGUGGGGUGGCUCGAGGGCCAAUGCUGCCGGUCAUCUACUCGCUAACCUUAUUGACGAUCACCACUUAGUGGUUCUCAAUCCUCCUUCCUCUCCUACCCAUGUUUCCUUCUCUCCUUUUAGCCUCUCUACUAUAGACCUUGCUAUUGCUUCUCCUCGUAUAUCUUCUCUAUGUGAUACCCAAGUUUCCCCUGAUCUCCUGGGUAGCGAUCAUUACCCACUCGAGGUCAAUUGUGGCGUCCGCACUGCCUCGGUGUUCGCUUACAAGAUUAACCUAUCCAAGGAUCAAUGGUCAGCGGUACAACAUUACCUCUCGGUUAAUGCCAACUCUAUCUCUCAAAGCAUUUGUGACAUUGAUCCUGACGAUCCCGUCUCUCAAUACAAUACCUUUAUGGAGCUGGUAUCUAAGAGUUACGAGGAUUUCUCUCUUUCUAAGCCCCUUCCUACAUCUUCCAAUUCUCGAGCGGCCUUUACUAAAAAAGGCCCUCCUCCUUCCCCGUGGUGGACCCCUGAUUGCUCUGUUGCUAUUGAUCAACGUAGGGAGGCUCUGAAAACAUUCAAACGCUUCCCUACUUGGGAUAAUUAUGUUUUCUACCGCUCCGUUGUGUCUCAGACUCGUAAAGUCCUUAGAAAAGCUAAGCGCGCUGGAUGGAGAAGGUACUGUGGCUCUCUGGAUAUGAAGACUCCAACUGCUGAUAUAUGGCGAAUGCUUAAACGCUUUCGUAACCGCCGUCUCAUCCCGGCCAAUUCACCUGCACAGAAUAGUAACGAGGACAGAUCUGUCAUGAUCCGCGAAGCUAUUGAAAACUUUGUCCUCCUUCGGUUUGUCCUCCUUCGGUUCCUCCUCCUCCUCCUAGCAUUCCAGAGUCUUACAAUGGCGGCCAUGCAUGGUUGGAUGAUCCUUUUACUCCCGAUGAGUUAUCUGCCGCUCUUCAAUCGGUCAAAUCCUCCUCUAGUCCGGGGCUAG